GGGGGAGCAAGACUUUCGGUUGGCUGUAGGUGAGCACACAGGUAGACAGACGAUUAGGCGCAAAGCGAAUACUCGGAAUCUCAACGAUACUGGUAAAACCCGAAACCUAUGAUUGUUUUUUUCGACGCCGUUAAGCAGGGAGGGCGACUUAGACGAUUAGAAAUGUAAUUUUUUUUUAAAGACUUAACUGCACAGCUGGAGACUUUGAUUAAUGAUAGAGGACGCUGGGACAUAUUUACAGUGUUUUAUAAUUGAGAGAUAACCGCCUCGGUAGUAGUUGAACUACAUUUGUGAUAGAAAACAUCGAAUCAUGUUAGUGAUACCGAGAUUUUCUGCUGUUUUCUGGUUCAUAACAGGUAUUUUGGCUUCUAACGCCCAAGAAUGUGGACGACCACCAUUAAUGCAGGACAGGAUUGUGGGCGGGCUGGAUUCGUUAGUAGGCGAGUGGCCGUGGCAGGUGGAUGUACAGAAACACCCUGAUGGUCAUAUCUGUGGAGGCUCUCUGAUCACGGAAAACUGGGUUCUAUCUGCAGCACAUUGUUUCCCCAAUCCAUCUGAUGUUAGUUCUUACACUCUCUAUGUUGGUCGCUACCAGCAGAAUAGCUUCAAUCCAUAUGAGUCCUCACAUAAAGUGAAACAGAUCGUGGUGCCAUAUGGUUAUACUGACCCUUACAAUGGAAAGGAUGUGGCGCUGGUGGAACUGGCCAGCCCUGUUACUUGGUCAAAUUAUGUCAGUGCUGUAUGCUUACCCACCUCUGACACCCUGUUCCCAAGUGGCAUGAUGUGCACUGUCACUGGCUGGGGGAACAUCAGGGAUAAUAUCCCUCUGCCAGGAGUCGGGACUCUGCAGAAAGUGCAGGUGCCAAUCAUCUCCCAGAGUUCAUGUCAGGAGAUGUACCAAACAGACCCGAAGGAGCAGGUGGACAUCUUGUAUGACAUGAUCUGUGCUGGAUACCAGGAGGGCGGCAAGGACUCCUGCCAGGGUGAUUCAGGAGGACCUCUUGUUUGUCAGAUGGUAAACGGGUCCUGGGUUCAGGCUGGGGUGGUGAGUUUUGGAACUGGCUGUGCUAACGCAAACAGGCCAGGUGUGUAUACCAAGCUGACCAGCUACUCAGAUUUCAUUAGAAGCACAAUACCAGAGAUUCAACUCUAUGGCCAUGCUAAUCAAAACAAGUGUGCAGGGGCUCUUGUUGUGUUGUUCAGCUGUGUGAUCGCUCUAGUGAUGGUACUUCAUAAAUAAGACUCUGAAAGAUGUAAAGCAAUCGGAAUUUGCAAAACUGAUUGUAACGAGUAUAGGUGGUUCAGAUUAUUCACAAUCACAAUAUUUUACUUUGUAUCUGACAUGCAAAUGAUGACAAACUGAUUUCUUCUAUAUGCUGAGGUUGUAUUUUAAAUCAAGUGAGUAAACAUUAUCUUUUGUACUUGAAAUAAAUUGUGGAUUUGAUACCUGAAGCCAACUUGGUGCUCUCUUCAUCUUUGUGUUUGCAUCAGUUUAUACAGUCACUGGCUAAGGUUGGGCGACAUGUAAAAAUUUUCCAACUGACAAUCGUCAGUCCAAUAACCAACGACUGAUGUGGUAUAUGUCCAUACUUUUUGAUGGGUGGAGCAAUGUAAUCAUGGACUGAUAUGUGCAUUUAGAACACAGAAUUACGGAUGAACUACUUGCCAAAUUGCACACUGGAGGAGAAGGCACAGAUAGAAAUGGACUGUUACCUCAGCGAGGACGUUGUAGAUGGAGAAAACGAUCUACUGACUUGGUAGAAAAUGCAUGAAAAACAUUUCAUCCAUUGAUGUCACACAUGGCAUGGAAAUAUCUGUGUAUACCAGCCACAAGUACACCUUCAGAACGUGUCUUCAGCACCGCUGGUAAUAUUGUAAACCAUCUGUGCACACUGCUAAAACCUGAUAAGGUAAACAUGAUGGUUUUCCUGUCAAAGAAUUUCUAAGUUUUGUUUGAAGGGAAUGUUUGAGCUUCUUUUCUUGUUUGUUUCAGUGUUAAUAUAGCUACUUUUUGGAUUAUUUAUUUGAAAUUUGCCAGAUCGCACAAAGGACUUAACAACAGAGAUUUUCUUUUUA